AUAAACCAGCUCAAACAGAAAGCGCUGUUGCUCUCAGGACGUCUCAUUCUGCAGGACCGGCAGUGUCGACAAAUACGAUUAAGGACAAGAAAUAGUUUGCUUGAGGAAAGAGGAAUUUAAGAAUCAAAGAUCAGCACGGGGCUGCUGCUCUAAAUCUACUGCACAUCUACUUCAUAUCUGUUUGUGGUCUAUUCUGUAUCAGCAACUAUGGUUCUCGAGGAUAAUGAGGGUGACUCUGUUUUUGAGACCCAGAUCACUGAGGAGCAUGUGGAGACACACUAUGGGAACGUCCACUGCAUCAUGACUGGAACUCCGAAGGCAAACCUGCCUGUCCUCCUGACAUUUCAUGAUGUUGGACUUAACCACAAGUCCUGUUUCGAUCCACUCUUUAUCCACGAGGACAUGCAGGAAAUAAUUAGACAUUUGCCUGUUUGUCACAUUGAAGCACCAGGACAACAUGAGGGAGCCAAAACUCUGCAUGAUGAAUAUUCCUACCCUUCCAUGGACCAGUUGUCAGAAGCGGUGCCUGCUGUCCUCAAACACUUUGGGUUGUGUAGGGUGAUUGGAUUGGGAGUUGGAGCUGGAGCCUACAUCCUGGCUAAAUUUGCCCUGAAUCACCCGGAUAUGGUGGACGGAUUGGUUUUGAUCAACAUCAACGCCAGCGCUGAGGGAUUAAUGGGUUCUGUUGCAAGCAAGCUCACUGGCUGGACCCAUACUCUCCCGGAAACAGUCAUCCCACACUUGUUUGGAAAAGAUGAGAUCGAUACCAACCAUGACCUCAUAGCUACAUACCGUCACCACAUCACAACAACGAUGAACCAGGCCAACGUGAGUCAGUUCCUCCGCUCUUACCACAGCCGCAACGCCCUGGAGGUGGAGAGGCCGGUUCCUGGAGGAAGCAUCAAUGUCAGAACCCUCAAGUGCUCCACUCUGCUGAUUGUUGGAGAUAAUUCUCCAGCGGUAGAGGCCGUGGUCGAUUGCAACUCCAAACUCGACCCCACCAAGACCACACUGCUCAAGAUGGCGGACUGUGGAGGACUUCCUCAGGUGGAUCAGCCAGCCAAAGUGAUUGAAGCUUUGAAAUAUUUCAUCCAGGGCAUGGGAUACUUGUCCAGUGCCAGCAUGACCAGGCUUCGUUCCCGGACAGCUUCCGGCUCCAGCGUCUCGUCCUUCGAUGGCUCUCGGAGCCGCGCGCACACCAACGAGCUGCAGCGCGCACGAACACACUCGCGCGGCGCCGAGGAGAAGCGCGGCCGCUCGCACACCGACUCCAUGGAGUGCAGUUCCAACAGUGACCAGAUCGCGUCCAAGUCCAAUCAAGUGGCGUGCUAGAGCACAACUCUGCGCGAGCUCGCGUGCACGUAAAUCACAGCGUACCUCGUUCUCUCCACCCAGACAGCUCCUCUCUGUCGUGCCCUUUACUCUGCACUGUCGUUAGCUGAAAGGUCAAAGGUCGUGACCUUCAUGUGACUUUUGCUCUAUCCCUCAUAGUCCAGUAAUUUAACGGUCCUCUUCUGUUUCUCUCUCUCGGCGUUGUGCCCAAUAUCCCCAGAUAAUUGGUCUCCUUCUCUCUGAACUGUCGCUGCGUGUCUCUGACUCUGUGUCCUUCUUCACAUAGUCCCUGUUGGUGUUCUUUUCUUCUCUGUACUGACCUUGCACCACAGAUUCUUCUUCACGCUCUGAUAUUUAUCAAAAUGUACGCUAUAUGAGGAAAUCAAAAAAUAUGUUUUCUUUGGAAAAUGUGUGUUUAUGUAAAAACUCAGAUGUGUGUCCAUGUAAAGGGUAGACUUUGGAUGUUCAAAUAUAAUGUUUAUUGGUUAAAUGUAACUGUGACAUCUGCGUGAUGUAAAGCAGUAAUAUGUUCCAGAUCAAUAUUGUAACUGUAAAGAGAUGUUACAUUCAAGUCAAUCAUUAAAGAGAUGUCAUUAUUUCUUGUGGUAUCAGUCAUGGAGGAGACCCUACUGCUGUCACGGGGAUAAACCUUGAAACACCAUUCAAUAGGUGUUAUUUAUUCAAAUUGAUUAGAAUUAAAAAAAGACAAUUUUCUCUGA